UAAAUAAACUUUUACACAUUUACAUUUUAUAUUUACAUUUUUAAAAAUGAAUGGAAAAUCAAAUAGUAGUGUUGUAAAGAAAAAAGAAAUAGAAAUUGAAUCAAACGACAAGAAAAUACAAAAAAGAAAAGAAAAGUAUUUAAAAAAGGUAUCAAUCGAUCAUGUUGAUGACGAAGAAUUUAGAAGACUUUAUUAUUUUGAUAAAAGAAUAGUAAAAACACUUUAUAACAAAUUAAUUCAAGUCAACAAAAAGCUCAAAGAAGAGUAUCUACUUUGGGCUUUAUCAUAUCUUUUAUUCAAACACAGCCAUGAAAAGAAAGCAAUGGAAUAUGGAGUCUCUAGAAGAACUUACCAAUGUCGAAUAUGGGAUGUAUUUAAUGCAAUAGAUUCAUUAAAACCAAUAACAAGUUUUUCAGAUAGGAAAAAAACAUCAAUUAAAAAUGAAUUUAAUAGUUCAGAAGAAGAGUCAUAUAUUUCAUUGAUUUUGGAUGUUGCAUUUUUCCCAUUUUCAAAUAGAGAGGUUCAAUAUGUUGGAAAGGGUGGACCAGGUUUAAUAUAUGAAAUUGGAUUCUCACCAAUAGAUGGUGAGAUACUCUAUUUAAAUGGACCUCAUCCAGCAGCUUUUCAAAACAUUAUGGUGUUUAGAGAAGGUUUUCUUUAUGACACUGACUUUGAAAAAGGAGAAAUGGUUCUUGGAACCAAGUCCCAUAGAGGCGAACCAGAUAAGAUUAUUACACCACAUUUAGAUCCAUCAAAUACAGAACAAGAAUUACAAAACAAUUGGUUAAAAUCAAAAAGACAGGUAUCCGAUAAAAUCAUGGGCAUUAUAAAACAAUUUAAAAUUUCUCAUACUGGUUGGUCUUCAUCCAUCGAAAAGCAUCAAUUGGCAAUAUCAUUUUUAUUAUACGCAAUCAAUUUAACAAUCAUCAGAGAUCGUGACCCAAAAUUAUUGGAUGAAAUCAAUGAUAGACACUCCGAUAUUAGCUACCAACAACACUUACAACAACAACACCAUUCACAAAGUCAUCAACCACAUCACCCAUUACAAGUUCAACCCCAAAGUAUAUCACUCUUUCAAUCUCACCUUUUUAAAUCUCACCUUCUCCAUCAACCUCAAUAUAACGACGAAGAAAAUGAUCAUGACGACGAAGAAGAUACCGAAUACGAUGAACAUAAUAAUAAUAGACUUAACAAAUAUAUAAUCAAUAAUAUCAAAAAUAAGAAUAAUCUAAAAUAUAUUAAUAAUCUUAAUAAUAGUAAUUCCACAAUUUCCACAAUCAAUAAUACAAAUAGUUACGAAGAUUAUGACUCUGAUGAAGAAACUAUAGAAAAUCACUCAAAUUCAAUAUUUACAAAAAAUAAUCAUUUAAACAAACCUAUGUUCUUUUGUAUUAGUAGCAGAGCACAUAUUGAAAAGGUUUAAAUCACUAUUAUAUACCAAAAUCAAUUUAGAAAAAAAAAAAACAAUAAUAAAACUCUUUAUUUUAUAGUAUAUUACUCUAGAAAUUAUUGAUUUUUUUUUUUUUUAAUAGUUUGAAAUUACAUCAAAAACCACAUUAAAAGUGUAAUUCAUUAUGUGGAGUUUACAAAAAAAGGUAAAAACAUUAAAUUUUAGUAUAUAAUAGAUUCAAUGUUUAUUUAAAUUAAAACUAUAAAUUAAUAUUAAAAAUUGACUCAAACGAGUCUAUAAUUUGGUAGUAACGAAACUAUUUGUUGUUACUUGGAUUU